CCCCCGGCGCGGAUCGGAGGAAGGGCGGACCGGAGGAGGCCGGCGAGGCGGCAGGCAUGGGCAGGAAGGUGACCGUGGCCACCUGCUCGCUCAAUCAGUGGGCGCUGGAUUUUGAGGGCAAUUUGCGGAGGAUUUUAAGGAGCAUCGAAAUUGCCAGAAACAAAGGCGCGAGGUACCGGCUUGGACCUGAGCUUGAAAUAUGUGGCUACGGCUGUUGGGAUCACUACUUUGAAUCCGAUACCAUUUUGCAUUCGUACCAAGUUUUGGCCCAGCUUUUGGUGGCACCUGUCACCCAAAACAUCAUCUGUGAUGUUGGAAUGCCUGUGAUGCACCGCAACGUUCGCUACAACUGCAGGGUGAUCUUUCUCAAUGGGAAAAUCCUUCUGAUUCGCCCCAAAAUGGUCUUGGCCAAUGAAGGGAACUACCAAGAGAUGCGCUGGUUUGCUCCGUGGCCAAGGAGCCGGCAAGCCGAGGACCACUUCCUCCCGCGGAUGAUUCAGAAGUUGACCAAACAGGAUGUGGUUCCUUUUGGUGAUUUGGUGCUGGCAACCAAAGACACGUGCAUCGGCACAGAAAUCUGUGAGGAGCUGUGGACACCUCACAGCCCACACAUUGAUAUGGGCCUGGACGGAGUAGAAAUCUUCACCAAUGCCUCGGGGAGUCACCAUGUACUGCGGAAGGCCCACACCAGAGUGGAUUUGGUGAACCUGGCCACCUUAAAGAAUGGUGGGAUUUAUCUCAUGGCCAAUCAGAAAGGCUGUGAUGGCGGCCGGCUCUACUAUGAUGGGUGUUCCAUGAUCUCUGUGAAUGGGUCCACCGUCGCCCAAGGCGCGCAGUUUUCCUUGGAUGAUGUGGAGGUCCUCACGGCCACAGUCGACUUGGAGGACAUUCGCAGCUACCGGGCAGAAAUUUCCUCUCGUAACUUGAUGGCCAGCACGGUGGUUCCCUAUACCCGCGUCAAGGUCGACUUUGCGCUCUCGUGCCACGAUGAUGUGCUGGUGUCCACCACAGAGCCCAUCAGGUGGCACUUUCACAGCCUCGGGGAGGAGAUCAGCCUUGGCCCUGCGUGUUGGCUGUGGGAUUACUUGAGGCGCAGUGAGCAGGCCGGAUUUUUCCUCCCCCUUAGCGGUGGACUGGACAGCUCUGCGACGGCCUGCCUGGUGUACUCCAUGUGCUGCCAGGUCUGCCAAGCCGUGAGUAACGGAAAUAAGGAGGUGCUGGCCGACGUCCAGAGGAUCUUGAACCGUGACGACGUCCUCCCCCAGGACCCCCAGAAGCUGUGUGGUCAGUUGCUGACCACGUGCUACAUGGCCACGCAGAAUUCCUCGCAGGACACCUACAACAAGGCCAAGGAGCUGGCUGAGCAGAUCGGAAGUUACCACAUCAGCUUCAACAUAGAUGGGGUCGUCAAAGCCAUCAUGGAGAUCUUCCGCGUGAUGACCGGCAAGAUGCCGCAGUUCUUGGUCCACGGGGGAAGCAGCCGCGAGGAUGUGGCCAUGCAGAACGUGCAGGCACGGGUCAGGAUGGUCUUUUCCUAUCUCUUUGCCCAGCUGAGCUUGUGGUCCCGGGGGAUGCAAGGGGGACUCCUGGUGCUCGGCACCACCAACGUGGAUGAGUGCCUCCGAGGUUACGUGACCAAGUAUGACUGCUCCAGCGCAGAUAUCAACCCCAUUGGCGGCAUGAGCAAGACUGAUAUCAGGACCUUUAUCCAGUAUUGCAUAGACCACUUCCAUCUCGUCUGCCUGCGGAGCAUCAUGGCCGCUCCAGCCACUGCCGAGCUGAAGCCCUUGGCCGAAGGACAAGUGUCCCAGACCGAUGAGGAAGACAUGGGGGUGACCUACAAGGAGCUGACCGUCUUUGGGAGACUGAGGAAGGUGGGGAAGGCCGGGCCGUACAGCAUGUUCUGCAAACUCAUCAACAUGUGGAAGGAGAUCUGUACCCCCCGAGAGGUGGCCGACAAGGUGAAACACUUUUUCCGGAAGUACUCGCUGAACAGGCACAAGAUGACCACCCUCACUCCGUCCUAUCACGCUGAGAGCUACAGCCCGGAUGACAACAGGUUUGACCCGAGGCCCUUCCUGUACCAGUCCAGCUGGCCCUGGCAGUUCCGCUGCAUCGACCAGCAGGUAAUGAAACUGGAAGGAGCGGAAGGGGAUCAGGACUUUGACGAUCUGGUGUGAUGGAUGGCCCUGGCCUCGCUGAGACGCAGGCGCAUAGGCGCUCCCCCUCCCCCCCUCCCCCAGCGGUUAUUCUUCUCUCUCUUUCUGAAACGACAUGUUAAGAUUACGCUCGCUGGCGUGACACCCAGGUCUGCCUGCACUGGUUCUUUACAAAAACUGUCUAAAAUAAAAAUCCACGUUUACUGUU